AUGACAAUGUUCUUAAGCCAGGUUGUCAUUGUUUGCCAUGGUGUUUGGGAAAUCAGUUUGGCGGUCAUCUCUAAGGAUCAAGAGUUUGUCAUUGUUGUUGCUUCCAUUCAAUUCCGAGACUUAGCGGAGAGUGUUCAAGAUGGUUUUUACAAGCUCAGCCACACGAGCAAUCUGAAUUAA